AUGGACUAUUAUUAUGAAAAAAUUCAUUUAUGUUCACAAGCUGAUUCAAAUAUGAGUUCGUCAAUGAUAAUUCAUUAUUUAACCAAAGGACUAAAACAAUCAUUAGUUGCUCAUGUUAUUCGUCGACAUCCAUCUACACCUGCUGAGUUUCUUGCUGUUGCACAAGACGAAGAAAAGAUACAAAUUACAUUAAACGGUUUAUCACGUGCUUCAACAACUCCAGUUGAUAAUUAUUUAAAUUAUGAUGAUUCUAUUGAUGAAAUGGUUACACUUGUAAAAAGAUCAACUAAUAUAAAUGCACAUUUAUCUAAUCAACAACAACAUACAUCAUUUCCACCACCACUUAUGAAUUCAACAUCUGUUCCCAACUACACGUCAUCUUCCAAUCGUCGUUAUUAUCAUCAAUAUCCUUCUUCAUCAUUUGCUUCACGUCAAUGUUAUGAAUGUUAUCAAUUUGGACAUAUUGCCAGAUAUUGUCCCAACCGAAAAAACAUUUAA